CACACGUAUGAAGAAAUCAAAAUAUACCAGAGCAAGUCAAGAGAAGCAUUAUGGCAGCAGUGCGCAAUCCAGAUCACACACGCAAUUCAGUAUGUGGUGGAAUUUGCAAAACGGAUAGCGGGCUUCAUGGAACUCUGUCAAAAUGAUCAGAUUCUACUUCUCAAAUCAGGCUGCUUGGAAGUUGUUCUAGUGAGAAUGUGUCGUGCCUUCAAUCCACUCAACAACACCGUCUUGUUUGAAGGAAAAUAUGGAGGAAUGCAAAUGUUCAAGGCUUUGGGUUCUGACGACCUUGUGAAUGAAGCAUUUGACUUCGCAAAGAAUUUGUGUACAUUGCAGCUGACCGAGGAAGAAAUUGCCUUGUUUUCAUCUGCUGUUCUGAUAUCACCAGAUCGAGCUUGGCUCUUAGAACCAAGGAAGGUCCAGAAACUUCAGGAAAAGAUUUAUUUUGCACUUCAACAUGUGAUUCAGAAGAAUCAUCUUGAUGAUGAGACUUUGGCAAAGUUAGUAGCCAAGAUACCAACCAUUACUGCACUUUGCAACCUGCAUGGAGAAAAAUUGCAGGUAUUUAAACAAUCUCAUCCUGAUAUUGUGAACACACUUUUUCCUCCAUUAUACAAGGAACUGUUCAAUCCAGAUUCUACCACUGGUUGCAAGUGA